AUGAAUGAAGAUCAGGUGAAUGACAUAAUCCAGAGAUGGAGAGAGACACCUCAAGAAGAUUUAAAGCCGGAGGACUAUGAGCAGUUCCAAGAUUUUGGAUCUGCGUGUCUCACCGAUGGUGACGGUGCACAACUACUGAUGUUCCUCCAGGAUGAGAAGAACCAGGAACUUGUCAAGACGAUGGGCUGUGUUCUCAUCGCACCUCUAUUAAAGGAAUCCCUUAAAAAACAGAAAAGUUUUGAUUGCUGCCAGACUGCUAUCACACAUCUCACCAGGACCUGCGGCCCGAAUGAGCUCCUGCAGAGCUUACUUGAAGUAAUCGACGACAUCAAACCAGGCGCCAUUUCUGAGAGUAUCUUAGCCCUCAUACCACAUCUUCAAACAGUGCUGCUUCAGUUGGAGGACAAGAAGGCAGCAGGUUUGGGCUUGGCCCUCUCUGCUUUGCAAAAGCAGCUGUCUUGGCUGCCUGUACCUUACACCCGGGAGCAGGAAGAGGCUGACAAGUACGGUAUGUGUCGCUGCUGCAAUGCCUUGGCUGCAUUUACUCAACCAUUCAUCGAGGAGGUGAAGAGGAAAAAUGGAAACAUCACAAACUCGGACGAGGAGAUGAAGACUGAGCUUCUUAAGUUCUGCAUGUGGAGCUUGAGAGAGCCUUUGCUUGCGGCAGAACUGAACCGAAACAGAAGAACAUCCCUCUGGGUCUUUGCAACAGAGAUCAUGGUUAUUCUCACUGCUGUUCAACAGUCUCUGUCAGAGUUCCUGUUCUUUAACUCAGGGAAGAAAUGCAACCUGACAGACAGCAGUCAGUCAAAGGAGUCAAGAGCUUGUCUGGCUUAUCUUCUGUUUGUCCAGCUGAUCAGCAUCGACACCUUUCCAGCAGUAUUCAGUCCGGUGUUUGUUCUUCAACGCAACAUGGAGUACAUCAAUCAGCUGCUCAGUAGCAAAAGUGAAUCACACCUGCUGAAAGGACUGGCACUGUAUGCCAAAAGCUUGGAGAGUGUGCAGGACAACAGUCUUCCUGUGAGUCUGCUGGAGCUGAGGAGCUUCAAUAGUGUGCCACAGAACCUGCAGCACAUUCUUACAGAUUGUCCAGUUAAACAUUUGAGAGAAACAGGACUGAAGGUGUUCCAGCUCUUCAUUGACAAAUUAGAUCCAGAAGCAAAGCACAAGUUCUUCAGGUGUAUGUUGAAAACCAGCUCCCAUGCAGGAGUAGUGAGUUACAUCAUAAAAAACAUCCGGAGUCAAGUCGAAUUUUCUACCCAGCCGGGUAACGCCAAUAAAUGGUUUCUGGGAGAGGACCUUCUCUCGUUGUUGGGACUGGUGUUGUGUUUGCCACAAGGGGCUGAGACUGAUUUGCUGAGUAAUAUGGACAGGAUAAUGGAGAGUUUGAAUCUUCUACGCUAUCUCCUAAUCAGAGACAAAGAACUCAGAGGCAAAACAGAUAUGUGGGAAGAGCUGUGCAGGAUCAAAGAUGAAUUCCUCAAAAUGCUGCGUGUGUGCAUCAGCAUAUCAAGAGGGUAUUAUUCUGCUGAACGGAAGGCACUGAGGGAGGAUCAGAAGCUAAAAGCAAAAGAAGCCAGAGAUGCUGCCAGAACAACUAGAUUAAUAAAAAGCAUCAAUGUGAAACAUGAGAAAGUUUCCAACAUGUCCCCAGAGGACCAGCACCAGGUGUUGCAGAGUGCUUUGGUGACCUUUGACCUGAUGGAGAGUCUCAUAUUCCGGAUUGAAGAGAUCGCUGAGGAAAAACUGAAGAUUUGCUGCUAAACAACUCUCUGAAACUCAAACGAGUGUCCAUUCACCUGUUCAGCAAUUAAAUGUAUCAGAAUCGUAUUUGAUAUAUAAACAUAGGUCCCAACCUUUCUCUGUACGGUCAUCAAUACGCAGCUUUAAACAAAACCAAUUUCAAAAUUCAUCCCCACCUUAAUUGUUUCACAAAACAAGAUAUUAAUGGAACUCCAAACACACAUAAUCAAAGGUUUGUUACCUUUAAGAGGCAACUGUCAUUAAAUUGAAUUCAUGAUCCCUUAAAA